GUUCGCUUUCGCCUGCCCGGUCCAGGCUGGUGGCAACCCAGACCCAGAGGCUUUCCAACGAGAGGUUCUGACUCCGUUGGGCGCCGCCGGAGCCCGCAGCACCACCGCAAUCCGACGCUUGUUCUGGGAUUCCUGGACCCAUUCUUGUGCCAGCAUGCGCCGCGAGAUCGACCGUCGCGAGGACGACCCACCGAUGUCUCUCCCAGCCAAAGAGAUCGCGGUGCGCGUCGAGGCUGUGCGGAAGAAGGCUCUCCCUGGUCUCAACAUCCGGGAUCAGUUCGAGCCGGCUCGUGCAACGGUCACUACGUUCGCCCAGAUGUACGAAGACAACCAGGUCAAGUACGUCCCUUGGGCCGACAUCCCGUCGCGCGCAGACGAGGACGCCAAACCCGCGGGCAAGAAACCCACGGAGUGGCAGGGAGACGCGCAAGGGUAUGUCAGACACGUCCCAUCACGGUCGGCAGCUUCGGCCGAUUAUGGGACCGAGUUCCGCCUGUACCAGGUCCUGGUUCGGCGCGGCGUGGCGGCCGAGGCCGGGCGGGUGAUGCACUUGGAGGUGCACCAGAAGAUCCAGCAGCGCUGGUUGGCGGAGCUCACGGGCAGCAGCCCUGACCCGGCCUACAAUCCGCCCACUUUGGACCAGGUCAAGCGGGCGGAUGUCGAUUUGUGGCGCUUGUUGGCGGAACGGACCGAGCUCACAGGGAUCCGCCCCGGCAUUGAUGGCAAGUGGCCACUAGAUGAGCUCGUCCCUAUUCUCCUGGAUCACCCGCGCGUCGCGAUAAUCCUGACGCCUCUGCCGAAGACCGCAGCGCCGCGUGGCGGCGCCGCCGCGAGCGCUCCCGGCGGAGACCGGCAGGGCGACCAGGGCUCGGCAAGGACCAGGGCAGAGAAGCGCAAGGAGUCCAGGCAGAGGCAGGCGGAGAACAAGCGGCAGAAGCCAGCAGAGGUCGCACCCGCCGCAGCGGCGCCGAAGGGGGCCGGCAAGGGCAAGCGCACCCCCAUGCCCAGGGGCCUGAUCGGCAAGAACCGGCAGACGCCGGAUGGGCAGCCGCAUUGCUUCGACGCCAACCUCCCGCGCGGGUGCCCUCACGCGCAGGCCGCGCCGCUGCUGGCCUCGGCUGUGCACGAGGCGGACCCUGUGCAGCGGAAUAGGCAUCCAGAAGGGCGGGCCCCUGGGGCAACGGCGCGUUGCCCCCAGUCGCCCGCGGCCGCCCUUGGCGGCCACCAUCCGGCGUCAGCGAUUCGUGCCUGCCGGCCUGUCGCGCCCGCCCCUGGGGCGCCAGAGCCCGACGAGGCAGCGGGCGGGCACGCCGAAGCGGCCCGCGAUCGCCUGGCUGCCGCGACGGGCACGCAGCCGCGCAGGCAAAGGCGAUCCCCGCUGGUUGCGGAAUUCUCCGGGUUCGCAGACGUUCGGCUUCCGCCAGAGGCGGCCUUCGCCUUGCAGGUGGGCGACGUGCUGCGCGAGCCUGUGCGGCACUGCGGCGGCGAAGCGCCCGCAGGGGCCAAGGUCCUCCUCCUCGGCCAGAAGACUGGGGGUGACCACGGGGCCGAGGCAAGAUGGGUUCCUGCGAAGUUCGGGCUGCCCUGGCACCCCGACGAGUUUGCCCGCGCGGCAGCCGGGGCAGUUGCGCCCUUCGACCAGCUGCCAGAACUGCGCUCGCACGUUCUCGAGACAGUGUUCUUCGUCCUUACCCGCGGCCCGUCUGAGGUUGUGAGCUUCCGCCGGCUGGCGUUCAAACACUGGGCCCGCCGGGCGCGAGCCUUGGAACAGGACGAGGCGAGGCUGCACGAGUCCACGGGGCCCGGCGUGCGGCACGUGCUGCGCGGCAAGCGGCUCCUCCUGCUCGAUGAGAUGGCGCAGGCUGCGGGUUGCCCAGAUUGCGGGUUGGCAGCCGAGGCGGCCGCGGGCCUGGCGGUCAUCGGAGUGCUCCCGAGGACCGGGGCGUUCCCUCCGCUUCCGGCCCCGGCGAAGGAGUCCGUCGCCGCCGUCCUGGCGCGCGCCGCGGAGGCGCAGCGCGCGGCCGUUGAGUCUGCAGGGCCAUCGUCCGACCCGGCUCUGGGCGCGGAGGUCGAGCGAGUGGCGCUGGAACAGGAGGCUGCAGGCCUCUUGUCUGCGCCACUCCUGUCGGUGGCGGAGGUUUCCGCCGCGCUCGGCCCGGACUGGCUCCCCGCCCGAAGGUUCGGCCUCUGGCAGGGGGGGAAGGCGCGGGAGAUCGACGACGCCACAGAGUUCGGUGAGAAUUUGAUGGUGGAGCGGACCGAAAAGCUCGAUGUUCUCGGCCUCGACGAGGUCGCCGGCUUGGCCCAAUGCUGGGCGGAAGCUGUGGACUGGGACCGGCGGCGCGUCAGUGUGCGCCUGCCUGGCGGCGCUGCUCUUGAAGGCAGGCUGUCUGACGAAUGGAGUCGCGCGGAGGCGGCGCGCCUCGCAGGCCAGACACUGGAUCUCAGCAAAGCCUACAAGCAGUUGGCCAAGCGGCCAGAACACCGCAGGUACUCAGUCGUCACGUCCUGGUCUACGUCCAGGCGCCGCGUGGAGUUCCGCCUGGCUUAUUCCCUCCUGUUCGGGGAGACCGGCGCCGUGUUUCAGGCCAGCCGCUUCUUUCGGCCUCUGGAGUGGAUAUUCUGUAAGCUCUUCCAGGUCGCUGUCACGAAUUACUUCGAUGAUUAUCCGCACCUCGAGCCCGAGGUUCUGGCUGCUGGGGGCCAUGCCGCGGCCUUGGAGGUCCUGAGGCUCCUCGGGUGGCCCCCCAAGGAGGAGCGACCGGAAGACAGGGUGCCGAGGCCAGUGUUCUCCGCUCUCGGGGCGCACUUCGACAUGGGCCCCCUUGUCGAACACGGCUGCUUCAGGGUUGGCAACAAGCCGGGCCGGAUAGAGUCCAUCAGCAAGGACCUGGCGAUGAUCGAGGCCAGGGGCCGUGUCCGCCGCGGCGAGCUGGAAUCCCUCAUCGGCAAGUGCCGGUAUGCCAGGUCAAACACAUUCGGCCGGUGCGGCGCUGCGGCCUUGCAGGCCCUCGGCGAGUUCAGGCAGACGUGCGCAGCGGGCGGCCGAAUCACCCCAAGGGUGAAGUGGGCGCUGUGGUGGUGGCGCCGGUUCUUGAGCUACACCCGGCCAAGGGAGGUGCGCUGCCACCGACGCCUCCCGACGCUGCGUCUGUUCACGGAUGGGGCCUGCACCCCUCGCCCUGGCCGCCUGCCACUGGUGUCGAUCGGCGCCGUGCUGUAUCGCACGGGCGCCGCCCCUGUCGUGUGGGGAGCGGAAGUCCCAGGUGAGGUCGUGGCCAGGUGGCAGGACCGCGGGGUGCGCACUGUGGAGCAGGUGAUCGGCCAGGCGGAGCUUGCCCCCGCGGUCGUGGCCCGCCUCCUGUGGCCGGCGGCGCGCUUCGGCCUCAUCCGGGGCUAUUCGCCAGUGGAGGCGAGUGCAGAGCUCACCUCGUGGUCGCAGGAGUUGGACAUGGCGCGCGGCACGGCGUCGUGGGUUGAGAGGGCCCCUUCCUUCGGCAACCCCGCCGACAAGGCGUCUCGCCUGGAGUUCGAUGGAUACCAGGGCGCGGUUGUGCUGGAG